UAAAAAUGGCCGGGAGCACUCGAGGGCAGGUUUCACUUGUUACGUUGGAUCCACCUGGAACGAACCGGAGACCAUGGAGCGAAAACUGCAUAGUGGCAUGCACCACGCGACCCUGCGCCUGCUGCAGGAGUCGGGCUGCGAGAUCGCCCCCCACAACCUGAUGUACCCCCUGUUCAUUGUGAGCAACGACGACGAUGUGCAGCCGAUUGCCAGCAUGCCGGGAAUCUCUCGGUUUGGCCUGAACCGGCUGCGAGACCACCUCCAGCCACUGGUGGCCAAAGGCCUGUCUUCGGUUCUGCUGUUCGGUGUGGUCGAACCGGAGCUGAAGGACGAGGAGGCCUCCAACGCGGACUCUGCCCAGAAUCCCGUGGUGCGGGCUCUUCCUAAACUGCGGGAGUGGUUCCCGGACCUGCUGAUUGCCUGCGACGUUUGCAUUUGCCCCUACUCGUCCCACGGACACUGCGGCCUGCUGAGCGAGACCGGCUUGGAGAACGGCCCGAGCAUCAAGCGGAUUGCCGAGAUUGCCGUGGCCUAUGCCAAGGCCGGAGCGCACAUUGUGGCUCCCUCGGACAUGAUGGACAACCGGGUGAAGGCCAUCAAGCAGGCCCUGAUUGACGCCGAAAUGUCCAGGGUCUCCCUUCUGGCCUAUUCCGCCAAGUUCUCGUCGAACUUCUACGGCCCCUUCCGGGAGGCAGCCCAGUCUGCUCCAAAGUUCGGCGAUCGCCGGUGCUACCAGCUGCCCAGUGGUUCUCGGAGCUUGGCCAUGCGGGCCAUCCAACGGGACGUGGCAGAGGGUGCCGACAUGCUGAUGGUGAAACCCGGCAUGCCCUACCUGGAUAUCCUGCGCUCCACUAAGGACCUCUAUCCGUUCCACACGCUGUACGUCUACCAGGUGUCCGGCGAGUAUGCGAUGCUCUACCACGCCGCCAAAGCGGGUGCCUUCGAUCUCCAGGAAGCCGUUCUGGAAGCCAUGAAGGGAUUCAGACGUGCUGGAGCCGACUGCAUUAUUACCUACUAUACGCCCUUCCUGCUGGACAUUAUCGGGAAGGUCAAGUAGCUCUCUAC